AAGAUGAAAAAAGAGCUCUUCAGGAAGAUCUCCAAUGUGUUCAGCAGACUGUGACAAAGAAGGAUGAAGAGAUCAAGAACCAGAGAGAGAGAGUCAAGUAUUUAGAGAAGACUCUGACAGGGAGAGAAGAAGAGCUUAGGAGGCAGAGUGAGCUCUUGAAACAAUUAGCAUCAGCUUUGCGAUGGAAAGAUGACAGGCAGACCCUAAAGAAACAAAUCCAGAAACUCCAAAACUGGGAGGAAGAGGAAGCAGAGAAGAGGAAAGUUCUGCAGGAGAGAGACUGUCUCUUGCAAAGGCAGAAGGAGCUGACCCGACAACUGGAAGAUGAGAGGAAAGCAAAGGGGGAAGAAUUGGAGUGUGUGACUGCGAUGUUGAAGCAGACGGAAAGCAGAGAAAUGGAAUGGAAAGAGAAGGCACAGGCACUGACUGUUGCCCUUACCAGGAGUGAAAUGGCCAACGGGACUGUGAGGGAAGAAAUAGCCGUCCUGCAGAGUAUGGUUUCAGAGAGGGACAAGGACCGAUUUCAUCUUCAGCAGGCUACUGCAGAAGGGGAGCAGCGAUCCUGGCUCUCGGAGAAGAGAAUCCUGUCCCAGCGGCUGGAUCGUCUGCAGCGAGCAGUUGCAAGGCUGGAACUUGAGAAAGAGGAGCUGAAGCAACUCAAUGCUGAGCUCAGGAGGAUGCUUGAGCAGGUGGAACGUGAACGGAGGAGACUGAAGAGGUAUUGUAGUGGUCGGUCGCUGCCAGACGCCUGCGCGUUUCCUCUCUCUGACCAGCACAAGAUGCCUGCUUCUGGAGAG